GCACGCUGGUUUGCGCGUGAAAACGCCUGCCACCGUCGAUCGCGUAGUUCAGCAAGAUGCCCUUAACGGACACGGCCCAUCUCAGAUAUUGUUAACUCCAAUAGUUGCAACCCUUCAUAACUCCGACACGACGCCAUCUUCAGAGAACUCCAGGUUUCCCGUCGGUCAAGACUUGUCCCUAUUACCUGGUGGUCGCAUGUCCUUAUUCCAAACACCACCUGAGUCUGCGUGUAGCCCCCGUUCCAGCAUCUCUCAAGCCUCGUUAGCACAGCGAACAGGCAUUUAUAUCUGUGAAAUAUGCUGGGAGCACCAGUCUAGCACCAAGGAACUUGUUGACCACCUUGUGUCAAGGCAUUCCAGCAUCACGCAAAGGGCGGGCUCCUAUCACUGCGGACGGUCAACCUGUCGUAAAACUGUCAAGUCACUUAAGGACUUCGAACGCCAUUUGAUAAGCAUGCAUGACGAUUGUAAUGCACCAUGGCACUGUCGCUGCGGUUAUACUUCUCGAAGAAAGGACCGUUUCCGAAAGCACUUGGACGAGAAUAAGUGCCGAGAAGCCUCGCCCUACACGUACGCGUGCUCGUGUGGGAGCUUUGCAAUUGACAGUCGUCACGACGCGGCGUCUGCCAUUUUUAAAGCCCAUUUUGAUCCAUGCGGGAGAAGGCGGAGAGGACGGCCGAAGAAGAGUUAAAAGGUUCGCAACAUCGGAGAGGACGGAUUUGUGAGAAAUCAAUCAUUAUCAGUAUGGCUAUGAAGGCAUGGUAACCGGUGCGGGUUA